UUGGACCUUGGGAAUGACACCAAAAACUCCAAAUUCGUCCUAUCUUUCUUCUGUGUUAGCCUUAUUUAUCAUAAAGCUACAGAAUAGAUGGCGACUGGAGAGACCAGCCAUGUAUCAGCUAUAGCCAUUGAAUCUGAAGAGGUAAAGUGCAGUGUGCCGGUAGUUGUGCCUGCAUUAGAGUUAACAGUACAGGUGAAGCAAGGCAAUGAUGCAAGAAGAAAAACAAUGACAGUUGCAGGUACUGAUGUAGGUGCCGAUGGUGCUACAAAACAACCUGAUAACAACAACUCUCAACUCAACAACAAUGUUACCCAAACAGAAAGUAGUCCUACAUCUACACUUCCACCAGCUGUAGUAACAGAUUGUCAUAAUGAUCAAAUUUACACAGAUUUUGAUAUUCCAAGCCUCCGAUCAAAUGGAAAUGAGAGUUUCAAUUCUAGAAAUGAAAAAAUCAAAGUAAUCUGCAAUGGUGAAGUAGAUUCCAUGGCUGGUGAAGCCAUGGGGAACAGUAUUGGAACUGGUUGUACAUUUGGGAGUUCUGAUGAUAUUAGAACACCCAAUGGAUUCAUCAUUGGUAAUGGUGGAAUGGAGGAUCAGGGGUCAAAGGCCUGCCAAGCAGUUCGGCCUAAAACUAUUUCUUGGAGUCGAUUGGUCAAACAGAGAAAGGAUAAAAAGGAGAGAAAUCGAAAGCAAAACAAUAUUCGAGGCCAAAGUCGCGGAGAAGCAUAUUUAUACCCAGAAAUGUACUCUAGCUCCGAGGAAGAUCUCGAUGAUAUUGUUUCGGUGUCUGCAGAGGAUUCCAAAUCACAGAUACAAAAGUCUUCAAGUGGUGGAGGAACUGAUUGGAAUUUCCAUCUUAUCUGUGAAACAAAACAGGAACAAACAAGACCAUUGUCGUGUGGUAGUAAUUCAAGAUACAACUCCAAAACUGAGUGCAUAGUUAAUGGAACUGUAUUGAGUAAUGAAAGUACAGACAGCUAUGGGUCAAAGUCCUCCUCCUCAGAAAGUGGGACAUGCCCUCCAUUUGAUCCAGUAAUGAUGGUGAGAAGUGAUUGUAUUCUAGCACCACUUGCAGUGCCAGAGGACAGUGGAGGAUCUUCUCUGUCAAGUGGGUCUGAUUCUAAUUUUAACCCUAAUGAUUUUCACUGUGAUAAUCUUGACUUUUCUUUAGAUAAUAAUAAUAUGUAUAGAUAUUCCCAGUCCCAUGCUAGUCAAGAUCAAAUUGCUUCACAGGUUUUAGAAAUAAACAAUAUUUCAUGUGAAGAAAACAUGCCAAAACGUGAAGCAGAAAUGAGAUCACCAAUUAUGCCGUUCUUACCAAAUGCACAAAUUCAACAGCUUCCACGGCCUGCUAGUAAUGACAGCUUAGAUGAGAUAGGUGACUACAUUGACACAGAUUUUCCAUCUCAAGCCAGCCGCCUACUGUUUGCCUGUAGCUCUGCAAGCUCUUCCUCAACCUCAUCUGAUGAGGACGAGGGGUAUGGGGUUAAUGCAGAACCUCGGAUCCCAGAUUAUUCAGAACGCGAGGAAGAUAGAAAUGAACUACCUGUUCUCCCACAUGAGCCUUUGCAAUUUCACGAAAGGAAAUCAAAUGGACACAGGGAAGAUGAAAGUGAAAGUAGAGUUCUAUUUUUAGAUGAUUCUGCAAGUGAUUUGAAGCUCUGUGAUAGAUUGUCCAAUCAUGCCUGUUUAAAAGACAAUGAUCAUGACUGUGCAAUCAAACCAACCAAACCACUGCCAAGGUUGGGCAGUUGUACAGGUAAAAGUGAAAGUGGAAGUGAGGUUGGAGGUCAUAUGGGUUCUGACUCAUCUGUGGUGUACUCACCUGAAGCAGACUUUCUAGAAUUUGUUGACUCUGAUCUUCCAGGGUCUGCAGGACUUCACCAAUCAUUUUCCUUUGUCAGGGAUGCAGAGAUUCUCACCCCGUUUUUGUCUGAUGAACGUUGUUAUCCCAGUAAUUGUGAUGGCGUUCAUCAGGCAUCUUUGGCCAACAGCUGCGAGGACAUGAUGGCUGAGGGUGCUGUAUCCCUCACCAACAAUCUGAACUAUGACCGAUGUUGUACAGACUUUGAAGACUUUGACAAUAACAUGGAGAGGUAUGAUCCACACCUCCAGGUUGAUAAUGAAAACUUUCACGCCUAUUGCAAUCCAGAUAUAUGCAAGCAAGAAAAGGUACCCGGUGCAAAUUUUCAGAACUCUGCCAGUAAUCGUCGUGAAAAGAUAUUCUACAAAGCUGCUCUGGAUAGGGAGAACAGGUUAUCAUCAGGGUCUUCUGAUGAGGAGGAGAAUGUCUCUCAUAGUUUUAUGAAAGAUGUGACUGCAAACCUUGAGGGUGAUGAGGAUCGUGCACCCCAAAAUAGCAACACUGAAUGCAUGUACAUGGGGGACCUAGAGAAUCUCACUCAUGCACUACAAAAUGCUGUCAUCAUGCAACUGCCACCUAAACUUGAGGAAUCUUCAGGGGAGAGUUCUGAUGAGCCAAUCUAUGAGGAAAUAGAAUGUCUAGAGCCACUGUUGACAGGUGAUAACAGUCUACAUGUUGUCAAGGAGGAAGUCACAAAAUCUACCGACAAUGUGUCCCAGGUUUUACCAAAGUAUGAACAGCGACGUCGACGAGGUAACAAGCCUCACUGCCAUGUGGAAAAGGUAAUGAUCUGGAAUGAGUAUGAGGCAUAUGUCUUGCAAGUGAAACAGAUUGGAACAACAGCUUGUGGUCCGACAGCUGUACUUAAUGUAAUGAAAGCAUUUGAUUACCAAGUAGACAAGGAUGAGAUCUGUAAGCAAAUUCUGGCCAAUUUAAGGAUGGAGGGGGCACCAAUACCGUACUACCUCUUCUCUAGGUCUGCCGCAGGCACAACAGCUGAGAAUCUACUGGAGGGAGUAGAAAAGCUAACUAAGGGAGCUAUACGGGGUCGCUUUUUCAAUUUUUAUCCGCCUCGCAAAGUGGAGCUCCUCAAAUGGCUUGGUUACUGGAUGAAAAAAGGUGCAGUUCCAAUUGCCACUCUAAACCUUCAGCGUGGAGUAAAGCCAGGAUGGACAAUACCAGAUGCCUGGCAUCACCAGAUGGUGUAUGGUGUAAGCUCUAAAGGAGUGUAUCUGACAAAUCCUCUGGAGAUUGUACCCGCAGAGACAGUUAUGGAGCAGUUGACUAGUGACUCAGUUCUGUUGGUGAGACGACAAGAUGUUGUUAAUCGGUUCAGGGACUGGGCUCCACUUAAUGAUUUUCUCAAACAGAGAGAUACACGCUGGCAAACAUGGAAUGUGCUUGGUCAAGUAGUGAAUGUUCUGCGUGAAGCUUGUACUGCGCUGUCACACCAGAUACCUCGACACCGUGCCCAGCUCACCUCACACAUCACCAUCCCUGCGGCAUACAAGGCUGGCAUAACGCUAUUUGUACGUCAAAAUACAGAGGUGACAGAGGAACUUCUCAGUGCACAGGAACUAGAAUUGAGAGACGGUUCAGAGUUAGAGACUGAAAAUUUGAAUGGAACAAGUAAAUGUGGUGUUCAGUUCGACUUGGACAGUUCAAGUUUAACCUAGUACCUACAUCUAUGUGUAGUGUCCAUUUGAAGAUAUUUCUUUUUAAGAUUUGCUAUUAAAACUUUGCUUCUUAUAUUUAUAGUACUAAAUUUUGAAUAACACAGUUGAACCAGAUAGUUUGGAUACAAACAUGACAGUGCUAUUUAAAAAAAGAAACAAUCUUUUACCAUGAACUCGCUUCUUUUUCUAAAUGCAGAAUAUUUCUUCUGUGUUUUUAAAGUGGAAUAUUACUACCAGGAUAUUUUUUAUGAAAUUGUACUGUUGUUAGGGAUAUAUUGGCUAUGAGUGUGUUUGUAUACAACAUUGCUUAAUGUGGGUUUAAGGAAAAGAUGAACCCUUAGUAAAUGCGUCAAUAGAGUUUUGUGUAGAUGUGUGUGAAGAGAAGGGAGUGAGGGUGACGCUUUCACCUCAAACAUAUGCCCACUUGAUUACCCAGUGUGUAUGAGGAUGAUCUCUUUGCAGGUAUAUAUGCCCACUGGAUUGACCAUUAUGAGUGAGGGUGUUCUCACCUCGGGUAUAUGGCCAGUGGAUUGCCCUGCAUAAGUGAGAAUGUUCUCACCUGGGUUAUUUGUCGAGUUGAUUGCUCUGUGUGUGUGGCUAUGUUCUCACCCCAGCUGUGUGUGUGGUAUAUGUUCAAAAGAGCAUCAAGGGGAAAUCUUACAAGUAUGUGUUCAGCUGUCAUAGUGUGUGAAAUCAGAUCUGGCAUUUGUUAGAUAGUUACAGAUAAUGUACCUAAAAUCAUUGAAUUUGUACAUCUGAAAAUUGUUUUUGAUAAGAAACGGUACAAACAAUUUGUUAUAGAUUUAGCAUUGAUAUAUUUCCACAAUAUAGGUAAGUGAUUGUAUUCAUACCUGUUCUCAUAGUGAACAAUGAAUGGUGUUAUUGGUGUUAACUUCUUAAGGUAAGUAUAUUAUGGCUGUUAAAUAUAUAAAUAUAACCCAAAAGUCCUUUUUGGCUGAUCUAUGUGUUACAAUACAAAUAUGUACAGAAAACAUUAGUGCUUAUACUGUGCAGAAAUAUUGUUCAAAAAUAUUUUUGUUAUUAAGUUUCUUAAAAGUUGGUAUUGUACAGUAAAAACAUUAUUGUGAUGAAAUGUUGACCAGCCUCAGAGUCAUUCUCAUGUUAGUAAUUGUUUGUAUUUCAAAUAGGAAUGGUCAUUAUAGAUAAGGUGUUUUAAAUGUGUAUUGAUAUUUUCAUAUUUUUUAGCUCACCUGGUCUAAAGGAAUGAUGAGCUUAUGCCAUGGUAUGGUAUCAUUCAUUUGUCCAGCGUCUAUCAACAUUUUCCUUAACACACUACUGGUCAUGAAUGACUGAAUAGUUUUUACCAAAUUUGGUCAAAAGCAUUCAUGAGGGAAGGGGAACCAAAAUUGUUUAUAUAUUGGUUCUUUUCCCUUUUUCUUGAAAAUCCUACUUCUCUUGAAGCAUUGAUUGGAUUUAGCCCAAAUUUCCUUAGAAGCAUCCUUUACAGAAGGGGAAAUAACUUUGUAUAAACAUUGGUUCUCGUUUCUCGGGGACCUGAGGGGCAGGAAGCAGGGGCCAGGAAGGGAAAUAGAGGGAAAAAUUGAAAUCCUUCUUCUGUAAGAAUGCCUGAAUGUUGUCUCAAUUUGAUGAGCAUGUUUUGAUGAAGGGAAAUUAAUUUGUGUAAUUGAUAGGUCUCUGUAAACAGGAUCACUAUUGUUUUUGAAGAUGAACAUUUGGGGGAAAAUAGAGCUAGGUAGUUAGAUACUAUAUAAGAGACUAUUACAGAAAACAAAAAUCAUAGCUCCUUUCAUGACCUUUGUGAAAAUAUUCACCCAGUUUGCUUAAAAAUUGUAGUAUAACUGAAACAUUGGAUCCAUCAAGGAAAAGAACUUUUAACUUUACUGUAUUGUAUAGGAUCUGUUUACUUGAGAAAAUGCUUCUAUUUGUAAUUGUUUUGGCUGACUGUGACAAUUAUGAUGUAAACAUGGUCCAACAAUUUACAAAUAUGCAGUUUGUAAAAUCCAUUCAAAUUAUGAUAGAUUGCCAGUGAAGGAAAAAAAUGAUAGGUUUUGAGAAUAAACACAUUUUGGUGUUUAUUACAUAACAUCCCCCCAAGCUAAUGCCUAAUUCAUACAAGUCAUUGUCAGUUACUACCCUUGCCAUCAAACAUUGCCUUAUUCACAACCUGUAAUUAUUCAUUAAUAUUUACCUGAAUGGUAAGCGAUCUUAUGCUUUGGUGUAGUGCCCUGUCAGUGUCAUCUUUUUCCUUUAGACAAGUUAUAUAUAGGGCCUUGAUAUUAGGGCCAAUGGCAUGCUGGAGUAAAUAUCAGACGUGUUUAAGUCAUCAAACAACUUCUCACUAACCAUAAGACCUAGGAUCAUGACAUUUUGCCUGAUGCAUGCUGGGUAUUCAGAUGAAUGGCCAUGAUUUAUGUUCAAGUUGAUAGUGUCAAAUGAUUAUAAUUUUCACUUAUCUUUGAUAAUCUCAAGUCCAAGGAUCAUGAUAGUUGACCUGUGUUUUUUUGAGCUAAAGUGAUAUCUUGAUUGUUUAAAUGGAUGUCCCUGGCAAAAAUGUCAAAGGGAUCAUUUAUUUUAAAAUCUUAAAACAAUUUUUCCCGUAAGUAAAAGGUCCAAGAUCCCAACAGUUGACUUGUUGUUUGCUUGGAUAAUUGGAAGUUAAGUCUGAGAUCGGCUUUUAAAUGUCAGAACAAGUGAAUGAUACAAGUGGAUGUCCCUGGCAAAAAUGUCAAAGGGAUCAUUUAUUUUAAAAUCUUAAAACAAUUUUUCCCGUAAGUAAAAGGUCCAAGAUCCCAACAGUUGACUUGUUGUUUGCUUGGAUAAUUGGAAGUUAAGUCUGAGAUCGGCUUUUAAAUGUCAGAACAAGUGAAUGAUACAAGUGAAGAUGUCAUGCUUAAAGUGUGUGUUAUGUUGAUUAUACUUGAUCAUGUUAAGGCCAGUUAAAUUGUGUUAUUGUGAUAACAAUGAAUUAAUGUAUGUGAUGAAUUUUUUUUUUAUACUGAUGUGAAUAUCUUGUGUAAUUUGGCAGAUUCAAUGUUAACCCAAAGUUCUGCAUUGUGUUGCCUCCUGUGGUGAGUUUUAUCUGUGACAAUGUGUAGCAGGGUUUUGAAAUUACAUCAUUCUGAAAAUUGCUCUGGAAGUGACCUGAUAUCACAUCACCCUCAAAGAGACCCAACAUCACCAACUCUAAAAGGUACUUGACAUCAUAUUACUCUGGAGUUGAUUAAAUAUUACAUCACUCUAAAGGUGACCUGACAUCACAACACCCAGAAGUGAUAUGACAAAUGUCACUGAGGAAGUGAUGUGCCUAAUGGUGACCUGAUAUUACAUUACAGUGACUUGACAUCACUUCACUAUGGAAUUGUCCUGAGAUCACAUUACUGCUUAGGUGUCUUGACAUCACAUCAUUUUAGAGGGGACAUGAUAUCACAUCUCUCUAAAGUUGAACUCAAUCACAUCACUCCAGAGGUGACCUGACACUACAUCACUCUGGGGGUGACCAGACAUCACAUUACUCCAGAGGUGUCUUGACAUCACAUCAUUCUAGAGGGGACAUGAUAUCACAUCGAUCCUGAUGAGAUCAGACAUCACAUCUCUCUAAAGGUGAACUCAAUCACAUCACUCCAGAGGUGACCUGACACUUCAUCACUCUGGGGGUGACCAGACAACACUCCAAAUGUGACUCGACAUCACAUCACUCCAGAUGUGACCUGACACUACAUCACUCUGGGGGUGACCAGACAUCACAUUACUCCAAAUGUGACUUGACAUCACAUCUCUCCAGAUGUGGUCAGACAUCACAUCACUCCAGAGAUGGUCAGACAUUGCAUCACUCCAGAGGUGAAUGUCAUGUCACGUCACGUCACUCAAGAGGUGACCCAACACCACUUUAGAGGUAAAUGUCACAUCACUCCAGAGGUGAUCUUACAUUACUCCUGAGCAUAAAAAAUACAAUGGAUAGUAUUGUUGACUUGUGGUUAUACCUUUAUGAUUAAUAAUAAUAUUACUUUUGAUUGCUUUACAUUAAUGAAUUAGUCGAACAUAUAUGUUGCAUGGUAAUUUUUACUUUAAUAUGUGGUAAAUACUGUGACCACAAGAAAAUUACUGGUGUUUGGGUGUCAGAAUGGAUGUAUGUUGUUUCAAGUUGAGGUCUGUGUAUCAUACUCUUUCUAGCCAAACUUAUCUGUUACAUUAGCUGGUUAAUGUUCAAGAUGUCCAUACUCAUAAUGUAGCCAACAGUUUACAGGUCAAACAAGUAUCUCUAUGCCUAUUUAUGACUUCAAUGCUUGAGAUAUAAAUAUGUGGUAUAUUUAUGCAUACUGAUAAGAAAUUAUGACUAGUUGUAUAUAGUACGCUCUCUACCUGCUCAAUACAUACUAUUCAAGUCAGACAUGUCACAUGACUGACAAUAAAAGUGCUGCAUAAGCUA